ACGUGGCCAUGGCAUUGUAUAUUUAGUGAGUGUGUCUAAGACAGGCUUCUCUCUAUCUCUCUCUCUCCUUCGUUCCUUCCACGAUCUUCUUCAUUCUUCCUAUAAACGUCCUUGAUCCUUCUUUCUCUCUAGAGUACUGUUUUGAUCUUCAGCCAUGUAUCGACGCGCCACUUCCGGCGUUCGUUCUGCCUCCACUUCUCUAGCAAGGCUUUCUUCCUCUUCCCUCUCAAAGGUCGCCUCGGCUCCAUCAGCGUCGGUUCUAAACCAGACGAGUCGAUCUAGGAGCUUCUCGUCGGCUCUACGCUCGUACCGUGUGUGCUCUGCUUCUACGAGGUGGAGCCAUGGUGGGAGCUGGCGAUCUCCUGCUAGCCUUCGUGCUCAAGCUAGGGUUUCCGCUCCGGUGAUGGAGAGAUUGGAGCGUAGAUACGCUUCCAUGGCUUCUCAGCAUACAUACAAGGAUAUCUUGACAAGUCUUCCAAAGCCUGGUGGUGGAGAGUAUGGAAAGUACUACUCCUUACCAGCUUUAAACGAUCCAAGAAUUGAUAAGCUGCCAUACUCUGUAAGGAUACUAUUGGAAUCAGCAAUUCGUAACUGUGACAACUAUCAAGUCACAAAGGAUGACGUUGAGAAAAUCCUUGACUGGGAGAAUACAUCUACUAAGCAAGUUGAAAUCGCUUUCAAACCAGCCCGUGUUAUCUUACAGGACUUUACUGGAGUACCAGCUCUAGUUGAUCUUGCUUCUAUGAGGGAUGCAGUGAAGAAUCUUGGUAGUGAUCCUAACAAGAUUAACCCCUUGGUUCCUGUUGAUCUUGUCGUUGAUCACUCAGUCCAAGUUGACUUUGCAAGGUCAGAAGAUGCUGCACAGAAAAACAUGGAGCUUGAAUUUAAGAGGAACAAAGAAAGAUUUGCCUUCCUUAAGUGGGGUUCAACAGCCUUCCAAAACAUGCUGGUUGUUCCUCCUGGUUCUGGUAUUGUCCAUCAGGUAAACUUGGAGUACCUUGGACGUGUUGUUUUCAACUCUGGUGGCUUCCUCUACCCUGACAGCGUUGUUGGAACUGAUUCCCACACCACCAUGAUUGAUGGAUUAGGAGUCGCUGGGUGGGGUGUUGGAGGAAUUGAAGCAGAAGCAGCAAUGCUUGGUCAGCCAAUGAGCAUGGUGUUACCAGGCGUGGUUGGAUUUAAGUUGGAUGGGAAGUUGAAGGAAGGUGUCACAGCUACUGAUUUAGUUCUCACUGUGACACAAAUAUUAAGGAAGCAUGGUGUUGUCGGCAAAUUUGUUGAGUUCUAUGGUGAGGGGAUGAGUGAACUUUCACUAGCUGAUAGAGCCACAAUUGCAAACAUGUCUCCUGAGUAUGGUGCAACAAUGGGUUUCUUCCCAGUGGAUCAUGUUACGCUAGAGUACCUGAAGUUGACAGGAAGAAGCAAUGAAACUGUGUCAAUGAUUGAAUCAUACUUGCGCGCAAACAAUAUGUUCGUUGACUACAACGAGCCCCAACAAGAAAGAGCAUACACAUCUUAUUUACAAUUGGAUUUAGGACAUGUUGAACCAUGUAUCUCUGGUCCUAAAAGGCCUCAUGACCGAGUACCUUUGAAAGAUAUGAAGGCUGACUGGCAUGCAUGCCUUGACAAUCCUGUUGGAUUCAAGGGUUUUGCAGUGCCAAAAGAGAAACAAGGAGAAGUUGUGAAGUUCUCAUACGAUGGACAACCUGCUGAGAUCAAGCACGGUAGUGUUGUUAUUGCCGCAAUCACUAGUUGUACAAACACUUCAAACCCUAGUGUCAUGAUUGGGGCUGCACUUGUUGCCAAAAAAGCUUUUGAUCUUGGCCUAAAGGUUAAACCAUGGGUUAAGACAAGUCUUGCUCCAGGGUCUAGAGUUGUCGAGAAAUAUUUGGAUCGAAGUGGUCUCCGAGAGGACUUGAACAAGCAAGGGUUCCAAAUUGUCGGCUACGGUUGCACAACAUGUAUUGGGAACUCUGGUGACCUAGAUAAAUCUGUUGCAGCUGCUAUAGAAGGAACUGAUAUCAUUCCAGCUGCUGUGCUAUCUGGUAACAGAAACUUUGAAGGCCGUGUUCAUCCACAAACAAGAGCUAACUAUCUUGCUUCACCACCAUUAGUUGUUGCUUAUGCCCUUGCUGGAACGGUUGAUAUUGAUUUUGAGACUGAGCCAUUAGGAACCGGAAAAGAUGGCAAAAAUGUGUUCCUGAGGGACAUAUGGCCAAGCAAUGAGGAAGUUGCCAAGGUUGUUCAAUAUAGCGUGCUACCAAGCAUGUUCAAGAACUCAUACGAGACAAUAACAGAAGGAAACCCCUUGUGGAAUGAACUCUCCGCACCUGGCUCAACACUCUAUUCAUGGGAUUCAAACUCCACCUACAUUCACGAACCUCCUUAUUUCAAGAACAUGACAGCAAACCCACCUGGUCCUCGCGAAGUGAAGGAUGCAUACUGCUUACUAAACUUCGGAGACAGCGUAACAACGGAUCACAUCUCUCCAGCAGGAAACAUUCAGAAGACUAGUCCAGCUGCAAAGUUUUUGAUGGACCGUGGUGUGAGUCAAACUGACUUCAACUCGUACGGAAGUCGUAGGGGAAACGAUGAAGUGAUGGCUCGUGGUACCUUUGCCAACAUUCGUCUUGUUAACAAGCUCUUGAAAGGAGAAGUUGGCCCCAAGACUGUUCAUGUUCCCACUGGUGAAAAACUCAGCGUUUUUGAUGCAGCAAGUAGAUACAUGAACGCUGGACAGGAUACGGUCAUCUUGGCUGGUGCUGAGUAUGGAAGUGGUAGCUCUCGUGAUUGGGCUGCAAAGGGUCCUUUGCUUUUGGGAGUGAAAGCUGUAAUUGCAAAGAGCUUUGAGAGAAUCCACCGCAGCAACUUGGCUGGUAUGGGGAUCAUUCCUCUGUGUUUCAAGGCUGGGGAGGACGCAGACACCUUUGGACUUACUGGUCAUGAACGCUACACAGUCCAUCUUCCUACCAAAGUCAGUGACAUUAAGCCUGGUCAAGAUGUUACUGUGACCACUGGCACUGGCAAAUCAUUUGUUUGCACACUUCGGUUUGAUACAGAGGUUGAACUCGCAUACUAUGACCAUGGUGGUAUUCUUCCCUACGUUAUCCGGAGCUUGAGCGCCAAGUGAUCAAAGUUUUCUCAAGUUUUUGUCUUCUUCACUCUCUAAAGAAGAGUUUCUUAGUUCCAAAUAAAGCAAAUUUUGUGAGCAACUUUUAUUCUUUUCAGGUUACACUGAACCGUUUUCAGACAAGUGUUGUUUACAGAAACACUUCAUUACAUAUCAUUGGUUUUGUUA